CAUCGUGCCCCCAGCCUUCACCUGUGAAAUAUUUAUUGUUCUAUCACUGAUGUCACAUUUGUCUUCUGCGAUUUAGCAUUUGUGUCAUAUUCUUGUGUGCUCCCACUUCUAAGUCACCUGUACGACUCGGUCAUCUGCACCGCAAUUGCCCAAUCUGUGGUCCACUUCCUUUUUUGUCAAAACCUCACUGAGUCGCUCUUUGCGUCAAUUGACCUUAUCGACACCCUCCACGAUGACACGAGCUACGCGGGGCUCUACUCGGAUUGCAGCAGCAGCAUCAUUGAAAGAUGUGAAGGAUGAACCAGUGCAGCUCUCAAGUCCUCCAUCAAGCCCACCAGCGACGCCAAAACCUGCCUCUUCGCGCAAGAGGAAGGCUGUCAAGGAGGAAGAUGUAUCACCACAUAAAGCCUUGUCGACACCCAAGGGUACGAAACGAGCCAAGAAAGUAAAAAAGGAAGUCGAUGUUGAUGAUCUGCCGCACAACUUGGGGGCUAUACCUGAUCUCACGCCUGAAUCAGGAGAAGUGGACUCAACUUCGUCUGCGAAGAAGACCAAGAAGGCAACAACAAUGAAAAAGCUAUCUAAGACGAAGAAGGAAGAUGUUGACGAUCUUGUCGAAAAAGCCACAACAACUGAAAAGAAGACAACAAAGAAGAAAUCCAGUUACGGCCUGACACCAGGCCAGACGCCGUAUCCCAACUAUCCGCAUCCUACACCUGAAGAAUGUGAGGAAGUGACACGCAUUCUCUCUAAGGUUCAUGGUAAAGUCACGAUGCCCAAAGAGAUCCCAUUACCAUCUCUCGAAGUAUCUGGCUGCGGCGAAGUCCCAUCCGUGCUUGAUGCUCUGAUUCGCACGCGCUUAUCAGCCGCUACAUCCGGCACAAACUCAUCUCGCGCCUUUGCGGGUCUCGUCAAACGCUUCGGCAUCCUGCAAUCUGGCGUCGGCAAAGGCAGCGUCGACUGGAACUCUGUACGCAAGGCCGACGUGAAAGAGAUCUUCGAAGCAAUCAAGUCUGGCGGCCUCGCAGACGUUAAGAGCAAAGAUAUCAAGAAGAUUUUGCAAAUGGUGUGGCAAGAGAACCAAGCGCGCCGCGAUGCCCUGAAGUCCUCAACAGACGAAGCACAGGGAGAAGCCAAUGAGGCAUCCGAAGAGAAGAACAAGGAAAUGCAGAAAGCAGACCAAGACAUCGUAUCCCUGGAUCAUCUGCACUUGCUCUCUACCGACGACGCGUUCGCCCACCUGACAUCUUACCCCGGUAUCGGCCCCAAGACUGCAUCAUGCGUGCUGCUAUUCUGCCUGCAACGCCCCUCGUUCGCAGUCGACACACACGUCUUCCGGCUUUGUAAGUGGCUAGGCUGGGUUCCUGAAGCGGGUGACGAGCGCGGUCUGGCACCUGGUGCAAAAGGGAACUUUACAGGCCCGAACCGCAACUCGACGUAUGCGCACUGUGAGGUCAGGGUGCCCGAUCAUCUAAAGUACCCGCUACACCAGCUGCUUAUCAAGCAUGGCAAGAGCUGUCCGCGGUGCAGGGCAAUCACAGGAGAGAGCAGUGACGGGUGGGAGAAGGGGUGCCCGAUUGAUCAUCUUGUACGGAGGAGCGGGGCUCGUAAGGGCGAUGGAACGAGUCCUGUCAAGGCUAACGGCAAGGCCGCAAACGGAAAGAAAACGCAGGGCAGAGGGAAGAGGGCGAAGCAGGCCGAGAGUGAGGAUGAGAGCGAGGCAGAGGCCAGCGAGCUUAGCGAUGCAGAAAGCAGUGCGUUGAGCGACCUCGUGAGCGACGCAGAGGUCGAAGCGUCAGAAGACGGCUCCGAAUCCGAAUAACGUCUUCGAAACAUUCGCAACCAACCCCCUCUCCUGCAUCAACAAACAUUAUUCCAUUUCAUCAACAUCUACAUCUAAUCUGUACUCAUGGGUU